AUGGCUUCUAAGCGGAAGGCGUCGGCCAUGGCAGCAGCCGCGCCGGAAGAGCCCGUCGAUCCGGCUGAUGAGCUCAUGUUCCUCUGUCUGGGUGGCGGCAACGAGGUCGGCCGGUCCUGUCACAUCAUUCAGUACAAGGGGAAGACAGUCAUGCUUGAUGCGGGUCAACAUCCCGCCUACGAUGGACUGGCGGCCCUCCCCUUCUUUGACGACUUUGACCUCAGCACUGUAGACGUGCUCCUCAUCAGCCAUUUCCAUAUCGAUCAUGCGGCCUCACUACCCUACGUCCUGGCCAAGACCAACUUCCGUGGCCGAGUCUUCAUGACGCACCCUACCAAGGCCAUUUACAAGUGGCUGAUCCAGGACAGCGUGCGAGUCGGUAACACCUCGUCAAAUCCGACAACCCAGCUCGUCUACACCGAGCAGGAUCACCUAAACACCUUUCCAAUGAUCGAGGCCAUUGAUUAUCACACCACCCACACCAUCUCAUCUAUCCGCAUCACCCCCUACCCAGCCGGCCAUGUUCUCGGCGCCGCCAUGUUUUUAAUCGAGAUCGCCGGCCUCAACAUACUCUUCACGGGUGAUUAUUCUCGGGAGCAGGAUCGGCAUCUGGUGUCGGCCGAAGUGCCCAAGGGCGUCAGGGUCGACGUGCUCAUCACCGAGUCGACCUACGGCAUCGCGUCGCACGUCCCCCGGCUGGAGAGAGAGCAGGCGUUGAUGAAAUCGAUCACCGGUGUUCUCAACCGCGGCGGCCGGGUGCUCAUGCCUGUGUUUGCCCUGGGCCGUGCCCAAGAGCUGCUGCUCAUUCUCGACGAGUACUGGGGCAAACACAGGGACUACCAGAGAUACCCCAUUUACUACGCUAGCAACCUCGCCCGGAAGUGCAUGUUGGUUUACCAGACAUACGUCGGUGCCAUGAACGAUAAUAUCAAACGGCUAUUCCGGGAGCGCAUGGCCGAGGCCGAGGCAUCCGGCGACGGCGCCGGCAAGGGCGGGCCCUGGGACUUCAAGUUCAUCCGCUCGCUCAAGAGCAUCGACCGUUUCGAAGAUGUCGGCGGCUGCGUCAUGCUGGCCAGUCCUGGUAUGCUGCAGAAUGGUGUGAGCCGAGAGCUGCUCGAGAGGUGGGCGCCCAGCGAGAAGAACGGCGUCAUCAUCACAGGUUAUAGCGUCGAGGGCACUAUGGCCAAGCAGAUCAUGCAGGAGCCCGAACAGAUCCAGGCGGUCAUGAUCCCUCGUCGCUGCACCGUUCAAGAGUACUCGUUUGCCGCCCAUGUCGAUGGCACGGAGAACAGAGAGUUUAUUGAGGAGGUCUCCGCUCCGGUCGUGAUUCUUGUCCACGGCGAGGUGCACAAUAUGAUGCGCCUGAAAUCGAAGCUGCUGUCCCUCAACGCAAGCAAGACGGACAAGGUAAAGGUUUUCAGCCCGCGCAACUGCGAAGAGCUCCGCAUCCCUUUCAAGACAGACAAGACGGCCAAGGUGGUCGGCAAACUGGCGUCAAUCCCGCAGCCCAUGAAGCUACCCGCCGACGACUCGGAAGAGCCACAGCUCAUCACCGGCGUGCUGGUCCAGAACGACUUCAAGAUGUCACUGAUGGCACCCGAGGAUCUCCGAGAAUACGCUGGUCUCACAACCACCACCAUCGCUUGCAAGCAGCGACUCAAGCUGAGCGCGGCGGGGGUUGACCUGAUCAAAUGGGGUCUCGAGGGCACUUUUGGCAGCAUCGAGGAGCUGCCGGAGGCAAAACAACUCAGCAAGAACGGCACGAAUGGCGACGGCGCAGAUAAUGGCGACACGAAGAUGGAGGAUGCUGACGAAGAAUUCCCCAUCGACCAGGUCGUCGCCGCCUACCUAGUCAUGGGCUGUGUGGCGGUCCGCUACCGCAGCAGCGGCGAGGUGGAGCUCGAGUGGGAGGGCAACAUGCUCAACGACGGCAUCGCCGACGCAGUCAUGGCCGUCCUCCUCGGCAUCGAAAGCAGCCCUGCAGCAGUGAAGCGUUCCGCAACCAAACACCCCCACUCCCACUCCCACUCCCACGGCCAAGACGCCGACGCCGACGCCGACACCAACAUCCUCACCCUGCCCCACCGCAACCUCCACGCCACCCUCUCCCCCGAAGAACGCCUCGAGCGCCUGAUGAUGUUCCUCGAAGCCCAAUUCGGCGCCGACAACGUCUCGCCCAUCGCCGAGCCCAAACUCCCACCCCUCUCACCCACCACCAAAAAACCCACCCCCACCACCGAAGACAACAACGCCAACAACAACGCCAACCCCAACCCCAACGGCGAAAGCGCCAUGGACGUCUCCCCCCCCUCCUCCUCUUCAGACAACGACAACGACAACGACAGCGAAGAUGACCAGCAGAAGCGGCAGCGGGCCGAGCUGGCGCGCCUGCACAAGCUGGGCAUUCCCGUGCCGGGGGUGCGCGUCAAGGUCGACAAGAUGGAGGCGAGCGUGUGGCUGGAGGCGCUGGAGGUGGAGUGCGGGAACCGCGUGUUUGCGGACCGGGUGCGGGCCGUGGUGGAGAGGGCGGUGGAGGUUACUGCGCCGCUUUGGGGGUGAGGUGAGGGUGUUUGUGUUGUUGUUUUGUGUUGUGUUUGGAGGGAGGGGGUUGGGUUGGGGUGAGGGGUGGUGGUGGUUGGAUGGUGGUGUGGGUGAGAUGAUUGAUGGGCCGUGGGAGAUGAUGGGGGAUGAUGGUGAGGGUGGAUGGGCGGGCGUUUUUCUGUUUGUUUGGAGGUAUCUCGCUACACCAUAUGUUGUAUCUUUAUUAUUCCUACGUAUCUUGGUCGUGGUAGCUAGUUAGUUAGUCCGAAGUGAAUGCAUGCUUGUCAUCGG